GAGUCUGUUGCGAGUCUCGGCGUUUCGAGGCUUUGUGGUGGUGGUUGUUGUAGUGGUUGUGGCGGUGGAGAGGGUUGUCUCCUGUGUCUGGCGUCUCCGCUCGUCGUCGUCGAUUCUCCGCCACUCGCUCCGCGGUCGCGGCUCAAGUGGCGUGGGGUUUGGUGGCGGCAGAGACUCGCGUGGGCCCUCGCAGCCAUGGCCUCCACUCAGCAGGCCGCCCCCACUCUGUCCGUGGACCAGGCGAAAGCUGUCCUGGCGGAGGUGUUGGCGGCAUUUGCGCUGCCCGAGAAUGCAUCGCGCAUGGAGGAGGCGCGCGAUGGAGCCGCUAACGACAUGUGCCGCACGCUGCAGCUCGUGCUGCCGCUCGCCACGCAGAUCCAGCAGGAUGUGGUCAAGACGUACGGCUUCACCAACGACGGAGAGGGUGUGCUCAAGUUCACGCGCCUCAUCCGCAGCUACGAGUCCCAGGACCCCGAAAUCGCCAGCAUGGCUGCCUCGCUGAAGGCCAUGUUCAUUCCCCCGUUGCCUGCGGCCCUGCCUCAUACGAACCAUACCACAAGCUGACAUUGACGCCGCCGAUUGGGUCCUACCGUCCAUUGUGCACCGUAGCCUGCUGAGCAGACCGGGGUCAUUCACACGAUUGCUGCCAGACAUCCUGGUUUGGCCGGCACAGAGCUGGUGUCAGAAAGGUCCCCCCCCCCUCUCUGCCAAAGCUUUUGUGAAAAUGUAGAUUUUGUCCUGGUUAAAAGUGUCCUGGCUCGCGCUUAUCUUAUACAGGCAAAGGACAGGGAUAGCUGAGUCAUGGGUCGGAUUGGCUGAGGAAUGGGCACGGUCUAUGAGCAGCAAGUGGCACCAUGAAUGAGUGGUCGAGGUCUCACUGAGUGGGGCUGUUUGCUGUGAGCCUGGCGAGCCUGGCCUGGCACAAGCGCUGUGGUGACAUCACUGCCACUUACUGGGUAAUGGCGGUUGUGUGGGCGGGCAAUUGGUUGUGUGGGUGGGGCUAGUGGCUGUGUGGGCAAGGUUGUGUAAAAGUGGGCAGGGCUGAUGGAUGUGCAGCCGGAUCACCAUGAUGUGUCCAGGUUGAGCCCCAGAUAUUUGGUAACUUUAAUUUACACUGCCCUUGGGUGGGGUGCCCAGUAUAUCCAUUUUUUUUUUUACAUUUCUGAGGUCAAAUUUAUCACGUUUACAACUUGUAUUUUUUGAGUGCUAAACAAUUCCUAUUACAUGAAAAAGUAUACAGCAUAAAUGUAUAAAGUAACUUAAAACAAUACAACAAUUAUAAGAAAGUACUUGGUCUGGAGAAGUGGGAGUGUAGCGAGAGACUUUGUUACUGUACAGGAACUAAUUAUGGUAUAAUUUGUUACAGUACUAAAAUGGGACUGCCUAGCACUUGAUGUUUCUACAUAGCGUAUGUUUGCAACUGAAAACCACUCGACAUUGCUUUUAAUGGUGUUUUAUUAAUUUUUUGGGACUGCGAUUUUAUUUUUCCAAUUUUCCCAAAUUUUUUACCUCCUGCCCCUAACAAAACCCCUGUUAUAUACAGGCCACAGUAUACCCACCUACAUGAUUUCAAGGAGACAAACUUUACAAUUGUAAUUGGCCAUUCUUAAUUACAGUCACAAUGUAACUUCAGUACAUGUUGCUUCUGUAAUGAUGGUAAUAAAAAUUGACCCCAG